UCUAUAAACAGAACAAUUCCCCAAGAAAUUAAAAGUCGAUUUUAAAUCAGCCAACUGAACAUCAUGAAUGAAUAUGACUACAAAAAUCACCAGAGAAGCAUUCUCGAGAAGGCUCCCGCAACGCAGUACCUGUUACAACAAUACAAAUGCCACGAAAUCCACAAAUUACUCGAUUUUCUAUGUCAACAACUGAAGCAAUUGGAAAUGAUAGAUAAUUCGAAACCUCUGAUGAUUUGGAGGGACGAGUUCAAUGUCAUCAUCAAUGUUUUGAACGAAAAAGCCAUCGCUGCUUUCCAUGAAAAAUACAGCUCCCUCCAAGCAACCGCUAAGUCAACUUUAGUAAACUCACGGAGUCUCAAUCACUCUCGAGCAUCCAAGAAAGGGUCAGGUCUACGUAUAUCUGAGAUCAUAGAUCUGACCCUUGAAAGCAAUGAAGACUACACAGAAAUUGGCGUGGGAAAUGCCAAUGAAAAUCCCAGCAGCUCGGUCAACUAUUUCAUGUCUCAUGAUCUUGCGCAAAGUACAACUACCACAUCACCAUCAUGGGACAUCCAAGAUUUUAAUAAUUCAUCCAUCACUCGAGGUAUGGGGGAGAAGCAAGCAUUCAAUGGAAGUGGAAUAAUAGAUCCAGAACUUGCCGUUCAGUAUACCGAAGAACAAAUGGAAACAUAUAUUCCCCCUAUCCCAUUUAGUACCCCGGUUUCACAUUCCACGCCUCAAGAGAACUUGCUUGAACCUAUAUCUAGCUCUGAAACGGUGCCUAGCUCCACGAGAUCCCGGAAGAGAGGCGAUCCCCACCAGUGCGACGUUUGUUCCAAGACAUUCACAAGGGGGACUACACUCCGUGAACACGAAAGGAGUCAUACAAAUGAAAAGCCUUACAAGUGCACUACCUGUGAAAAGGGCUUCUCGAGACGCAAAGACUGUCGUCGCCAUGAGCUCCUGCAUACGAAUGUUAGGAAAUUUUGCUGUCAUUUCGACGAUGUAUAUCAGAAGUUUUUUAAGACUGAGAACCCUUUUGGAUGCAGGAGAAGUUUCACAAGAAUGGAUGCGCUCAAAGCACAUUGGAACUCACUGAGGGGUGCUGAUUGCUUGAAAGAGCUUUUUGAGUUAGCGAAAAGGUAUACUCUUGCUGAGCAGGUUUGUUUUUGCGGCAUCGACUUUGAAACUAUAGAUGACUUAAAAGCACACCUUAGUGUUCCUUUUCAGACAAGUUGUUUAAAAAAUGAUGUCACGGAGAUGGCUGAAGAAAUCAUGUUGGAUCAAUAUAGCGAGUCGGACUCUGAUCAAGAGUAGGAAGCAUCGGCUCAGAAUGAAGUAGGUUACCGAGAAUUGAGAAUUUGUGUUGCCCGUAUAAGGUUGAAAAAUUUACCAUAUCAAAGCAUACCUAGAUAGUGUUCAGGGAUAUGCGUAAACUCGUUUGGGCAUUGGAGUUUUGGAUUACCAUUGACAUUUUGAUUUUGGAUUGAGGGCAGGCACUGGUAGCAGAAAUGUUGUUUGAUUGGAAACUCUCAUGGACCAGGAAUGAGUCUGAAUGAUUGGAAAUUUUGCCGGGAUUUGAUUAUACUGGGGACAUCAUGGGACUGCAGGGGAGGGUGU